CAUGCCAAAAAAAGUUCAAGAAUCUCAAGGAUCAUUUCACAAAACUCAAGCAAGAGAUCAAGCAGAAGACCAGAAGUGGGGCUGGCACAAAAGAUAUACCCACAAUUAAGUGGAAACACUUCGAAGCAAUGGUUCCCAUUAUGGAAAAAGUGUAUGAAGAGCCUAUCCUUUGGAGCAAUCUGGAAUUAAAGGCGUCCCAACAAAUGGAAGAGCCAGCAGAAGGAGAUGAAGAACAUGAAAUGCUGGGGCAAGAUUGUCUGCAACAAGGUGGCAGCAGCUCGACCGACAGAAGUGUCCUUGCUGCUCCAACAGACAUUUUCCCCGCUGUAAGAAGUGCUCAUCAAACUCCGAGUGACACCUUCGAAACGUCGACAGAGGAAGACCAAGAUAGACACGUGGAGGAGCAAAUUGCAAGGCAAGGAUGUUGUUGCAUAUGCAGUGUGCCAAUAGAGGUACAGUGUGUUUAGUAAUUUCAAACUUUCAAUUUCAGCAGUGCGCCAAGGCCACGCAAGUCAUGGCGAACCGCAAAGAACCAGAAGAUGUAAGUUAAGCAACAAUGUGUUCUGAGGGACAUAGUGAAAACAAACUAUGUAUCUACUUUCAGGCCAUCUGAGGACACUGCUUCCAGCGUGGCAGCUGAAUGCCUCAGCCAUCUGAAGGCAUCACGCGCCCAGAAAGAGCAAGAAAAAGACAUGCUAUAUCAUUUUGCAUUCACUAUGGUUGGCAUGAUGCGGACAUUGUCACUUGAUGAGCAGCUUGACACAAUGAAUGCUGUUCAGGACUUAGUGCACAAGAAAAUCAAAGAAGCCAGAAAAAAAUUAAAUGAAACUGAUUAGUAUGUUCUUUACCACACUUUGAUUCUUUUUUAAAUUUUUCUAUUCCAUGUUCUAAUAAUUUUCAUGUUACAUAGUUGUUCAGCAAAUAAAGCAUGAACUUAC